GUCCGGGUAACCCACCGACCCGCUUUCCAGCGUCGUCAACCAACCCGCGCCCGGCCGAACCGACCACUCGUCAUUGCAUCCACCACCUCCGAACUCAGAACCACCACCAAAAUGGCCGGCGACCACGGAAAACCAACUCUCCACGAAGACCCCGCCUUCGUCCGCUAUGCCACUCUGAAUACGAACCGCUACCGCUACUUCCGCUGGACUCCCCGUACCGCCAAGUUUACAUUCCUAUAUGUCGCCGUUAUACCCACUGUCCUUGGGUACUUAGCGUUUGCUACUGAUGGCAAAUGGGAGUUCCGCGGAAAGAAGAGGGGUGAUCCCAUCAGGGAGUUCUAGAGCGCGCGAUAAGGGUAGAUUGGUGGAGGUGGGGGGUGCGCUGAAGGCAACAUACGGUGCAUACGGUACAUACAGCUGCUGUCAUGAAUUGGGUGCAAUUGCAAGCGCGCGCUGUAAAUUGAUCAUCCAACUGAAAUA